AAUUCUACAGUAAAUGUGUUCUGAGUAUUUCAGAAAAUAGCAGCGCUGCUGAACAUCCUGGAGGAAACAGAGUUACAGAGAAUUGAGGAAGAGGAACCUGAAGGGCAGCAUGUUGGUUCUUAGAAAGAUAUUCAGAGUGAAUGAGGGUAUAGAGGGGAGAUUCCCCCAUCAAUUGUCAAUGGGUCUGAUGGACCAGCUCUCUGUAUAAAAGACAGGUCAGAUCAGACCUCAGAGAUAGAACCAGAGCAUCAGCUAGACUUCUGACACAGAACCAGACUAGAGCAUCAGAGACCAGAGCAUAAGAGACCAGAACAUCAGAGACCAGAACAUCAGAGACCACAACAUCAGAGACAAGAGCAUCAGAGACCAGAGCAUCAGAGACCAGAGCAUCAGAGACCAGAACAUCAGAGACAGAACAUCAGAGACCAGAACAUCAGAGACCAGAACAUCAGAGAACAUCUCAGACAAUACAAUCUUCAGCAUCUCAACCAUCUCUGAACCAUGAAGACCCUGACUGCUCUACUCCUCCUGGGACUGCUCUGCUCCCUGCAUACGACGUCUGCACAAGGUGUCAUCGCGUUGGAAACGUCAACUGACUGCUGUAUGAAAUUCAGCGCGAGGAUCCCUCUUCAACAAGUAGUUUCUCUCAGAACAACCUCCAGUAGCUGCCCUCGCAAAGCACUGAUUUUCAUCACAAAGAAAGGGAAGACAUUUUGUGUUGACCCUUCUGAAGCCUGGGUCCAGAGUCAUGUGACCAAGAUUGAGAGCAGACGACAAUGACGUCAUCAACUACCAUCACCCCCUAACACCCCAACCCUUGUUGGUGCACUAUAAAGGGAAUAGGUUGCCAUUAGUGACGUAGACCUUGUCAUGCAUGUCAAUACCCUAUCUGAGAUUGGUAUAGAGGAGGCUCAAUGUAAUAUAUUAGGUUAAUACCCUAUCUGAGAUUGGUAUAGAAUAGGUUCAGUGUAAUGUACUAGGUUUAGGAUAUACUAAUUGUUUAUUUUUCUAAAACUGUAAACAUAUUUGACAUGUAACCUAUUUAAUAUUUUAUAAAGCCUUUUGAAGAUUUCAAACA